GAUUUUAGGUGCCCCCUCAGGAUGCCUGAGUAGUUGCGCUCACCGCCAAUGAGCGUCUCCAGUGUGAAUGUCCUUCAUUUCUCUGUCUGAUUAGAGAACUUGCCAUCACGGAUCCAAAUCUGGAUUUAAAUAGGAAAGACAAGCACCUCUCCGGUUCGCCGCUGCCCCUCAACCGCGUGACACUCUGGAGCAUCUGAACCAACUUUAACUGAGCGCGACAUGGAGUGCCGAGUUCUGUCGAUUCAGAGUCACGUCGUGAGAGGAUACGUGGGAAAUAAAUCCGCAUCCUUUCCGUUACAGGUCUUGGGGUUUGAGGUGGACUCGAUCAACUCUGUUCAGUUCUCCAACCACACAGGAUACUCUCACUGGAAGGGACAGGUCUUGACUGCAGAUGAGCUUCAUGUCCUGUAUGAAGGGAUCAAACUCAACAACGUCAACCACUACGACUAUGUACUUACAGGUUACAAUAGAGACACAUCGUUUCUGGAGAUGGUGGUCGACAUUGUUCAAGAGCUGAAGAGAGCCAAUCCUAACCUUGUAUACGUUUGUGACCCUGUCUUGGGUGACCAUGGUUCAAUGUAUGUUCCUCAGAAUCUCCAUCCGGUGUACAAGAAUAAAGUGGUGCCUGUGGCCGAUAUCAUCACGCCCAACCAGUUUGAGGCAGAGUUGUUGACAGGGAAGAAUAUCAGCACGGAGAAAGAUGCUGUUGAGGUGAUGGACCUGCUGCAUAAGAUGGGUCCAGACACCGUGGUCAUCACCAGCUCUGAUCUUCCCGCUCGUCUCGGAGACAGAUUCCUGGUGUCUUUUGGCAGUCAACGUAUUUUGAUGCCUGACGGUACAAGGACGACCCAGCGGAUCCGAAUAGAGGUGCCGAAGGUGGAUGCGGUCUUUGUGGGGACCGGGGAUCUGUUUGCUGCUAUGCUGUUGGCCUGGACUCACCAUUACCCAACAGACCUGAAGACGGCUUGUGAGAAGACCUUCUCUGUUAUGCACCAUGUCAUUCGGAGGACUAUAUCUUAUGCCCAUGAGAUUGCAGGUCCUGGUAGAAGACCCAGCCCGGCCCAGCUGGAGUUACGGAUGGUCCAGAGUAAAGCUGACAUAGAGGAUCCAGCCGUAGUCAUUGAGGCCACUGUUAUAUAGAGCCGCUACAUCUCAUCCACACAUUUCACCCUCCACCCUCACAACUGCACAAUGUAUAGAUGUUGUACAUUUUGAUAUGUAAUGUGACAUUGCCUUAGAAUCUCAGCCAGAGCACAACAGUUCCAUUUAAAGAGAUUCAGCAGGGUACAGCCAAACAAGUGAGAGGAAGAGAGCCAUCGUGCUCCGAGAGAGAGAGUAACCAAUAGGAGAGUGGGAGAGAUGAUCAGCCUCUCUCAUUCACUCGGUUUUGUGCAUCUUCAACAUCUCUCUCUCUCUCUUUCUCUCAAAGCUGCUCAAGAACUCCGGUUCGUCCUGCACAUAAAGCCCCAGUCACUGACGUUUCCAGACCAGGUCAGUUAUGGAACUAAACUGCCAUUGAUCUAGUGAGGACCAAAAUGUAAGAACAAACAAAAAAAUGAAAUUAAUAUAGGUGUGAUGCUUUCUAAGCUCUGUGAUUUUGAGUCAGAGCAGUUCAGCAACAAACACAGAAAACAAAACCUAGAUGGCUGAGUCUCACAAAAACUGUCAAGAAUGCCAGAGUCAUAUUUCGUCCUGAAUCAAAUGAUCAAAAUAAGAUUUUUAUUGCAUAAAGGAAAAAUAAGGAUAUUAUUAGCACCAUUAAGAUUUUGUGUAUUAGGGUAUUUUUUUAUUACUGUAUUCUUUCCCCAGUUCUGCAAUUGCUCACUGCAAUGGGAAAAAUUAUCAACUUUAUAUUAUAUUUUUUUUAUUGUAUAUACAUUUAGAAAAGUAUAUUUAAUUUUAAUUAUAUAUUAGUGCUGUCAGAUCGAUUAAUCGCACAUAUACAAACUUUUAUUUUGGAUGCCCUAUUAUAUAUGUACAAACCCGAUUCCAUAAAUGUGAGUAAAAAAGGAAUGGAAUAAUUUACAAAUCUCAUAAACUUAUAUUUUAUUCACAAUAGAAUAUAGAUAACAUAUCAAAUGUUGAAAGUGAGACAUUUUAAAAUGUCAUGCCAAAUAUUAACUCAUUUUGAAUUUCAUGAGAGCUACACAUUCUAAAAAAGUUGGGACAGGUAGCAAGAAGAGGCAGGAAAAAUAAAAUGUACAUAUAAGGAACAGCUGGAGGACCAAUUUGCAACUUUUUAAAGAAAAAGAGCCUCUCAGAGUGGCAGUGUAUCUCAGAAGUCAAGAUGGGCAGAGGAUCACCAUCCCCCAAUGCUGUGGUGAAAAAUAGUGUAGCAAUAUCAGAAAGGAUUUUCUCAGAGAAAAUUUGCAAAGAGUUUAAAGUUAUCAUCAUCUACAGUGCAUAAUAUCAUCCAAAGAUUCAGAGAAUCUGGAACAAUCUCUGUGCGUAAGGGUCAAGGCCGGAAAAUGGACUGUGGCAAAGUGGAAAACUGUUCUGUGGUCAGACGAAUCAAAAUUUGAAGUUCUUUUUGGAAAACUGGGACGCCAUGUCAUCCGAACUAAAGAGGACAAGGACAAACCAAGUUGUUAUCAGCGCUCCGUUCAGAAUCCUGCAUCUCUGAUGGUAUGGGGUUUCAUGAGUGUGUGUGGCAUGGGCAGCUUACACAUCUGGAAAGGCACCAAAAAUACUAAAUGGUAUAUCCAAGUUCUAGAAUAACAUAUGCUCCCAUCCAGACGUCGCCUCUUUCAGGGAAGACCUUGCAUUUUCCAUCAUGACAAUGCCAGACCACAUACUGCAUCAAUAACAACAUCAUGGCUGAGUAGAAGAAGGAUCCGGGAACUGAAAUGGCCAGCCUGGAGUCCAGAUCUUUCACCCAUAGAAAACAUUUGGUGUAUCAUAAAGAGGAAGAUGCGACAAAGAAGACCUAAGACAGUUGAGUAACUAGAAGCCUGUAUUAGACAAGAAUAGGACAACAUUCCUAUUCCUAAACUUGAGCAACUUGUCUCCUCAGUCCCAGACGUUUGCAGACUGUUAUAAAAAGAAGAAGGGAUGCCACAUAGUGGUAAACAUGGCCUUGUCCCAACAUUUUUGAGAUGUGUUGAUGCCAUGAAAUUUAAAAUCAACUUACUUUUCCCUUAAAAUGAUACAUUUUCUCAAUUUAAACUUUUGAUAUGUGAUGUAUUCUGAAUAAAAUAUUGAAAUUUGUACAGUGUCCCAAAUUUUUGGGAAUCGGGUUUGUGUAUCCUUUCCUUUAUAUUUAC